UUAACCAACGAACAAGCACUGAGGAUUGUCGAGAAUGGAAUCGAGACCAAUCGGGGCUUUGUUGAAGCCGAUAUUAUCAUGCUAGCCAAUGGCUUCUCCACAAAUACAUUCCUCGAAGGAGUUGAGGUUGUUAGGCGUGAGGAAACGUUGACUCAGCACUGGGAGUCGUUUGGUGGAGCCGAAGCCUAUAACUGCUCUGCCAUGAGUGGUUUCCCAAACUUCUUCAUGCUUCUAGGCCCCAAUUCAAUAACAGGUCACACCUCGGCUAUCAUGGCCGUUGAGAACAGUGUCAACUUUGUACUGCGUAUCCUGAAGCCUAUUCUUGGCAGCCCUAACGGAGUCGUUGAGUUUGACAGGGACGCCGAAGAGCGCUACGUCAAUCGCAUCCAGAAUGAUCUGUCUAAAACUGUUUGGAACUCAGGGUGCCAAAGUUGGUACAUUCAACCCCAUUCUGAGAACAACCGAGUAUGGAAUGCCAUGCUUUAUCCAUAUUCUCAAGGAUACCUAUGGUACAGGAGCUUGUUUCCCGUUUGGAGCGACUGGAAGAUC